AUGCCUCCAACAGACUCGGCACAGUCAUCUCUGCCAAAGACUUGCCCUAGCGACCCUUGCGCCGAAUCAAACCACCAAGAAACAGCAUGCCAAGUCGAAGUGGUCAAUGAGUCCGAUAUCUACCGCUUUGUCGAAAUAGAGACAUGUCCCGAUCACAGUGGCAGCAACGAAGAGAGCCCGCGACCUUCCCUUCAAUCCACAGCCGACAUGUACAGCUGGUCCCUGAAUGACGUAUCCAGCACGAUGAAUGAAAGCAAAGUCAAAGGGAGUGACAGCCAGGAUUCGGCACAGAGCGAGAUCCUGCAUAUGCGCGGGCAUCAGCAUCCGAAAUCCCAGCCAUUGACGCCACCAGGUUUGCGACACCGCUUACUGAAGAAAUUCCGACCUAAGCGUCCUUGGGAGGCAACGCAUGAUCAUAGGCAAGACUGUGCAGCAAAUCUGGCCGCUUCACUAGGCCCAGUAGAGCAAUUGCGACGCCGAGAUCGAGAAUCGACACAAAUAUACACAUCUUCGGAUGACGAGGACGCUGAUAGCCGCUCUGAAGCUGCCAAAAGAGGAAAGUCUUUGACUCGAGAAGAUCCGGCAUCUACUGCGAAUGCCAGCGAGAAAGCCUCGGGCGCAUGA